AUCCUGGCCGCGCGGGCGCGCGAGCGGCUGAGGCGGCUCCGGAGCGGGCGCGGAGCUGGCAAGCGGGUGGCGGAGGCGGUGCCGACGGGGACUGCUGAGGCGCGCAGAGGGUCGGCGGCGCCCAGGAGGCUGUCGCUGGCGCGGUCCGGGCGGGAGGCUCGGCGGCGGGCGGCAACAUGUCGGUGGCGGGGCUGAAGAAGCAGUUCUACAAGGCGAGCCAGCUGGUCAGUGAGAAGGUUGGAGGGGCCGAGGGGACCAAGCUGGACGAUGACUUCAAAGAGAUGGAGAAGAAGGUGGAUGUCACCAGCAAGGCGGUGACAGAAGUGCUGGCCAGGACCAUCGAGUACCUGCAGCCCAACCCAGCCUCGCGGGCUAAGCUGACCAUGCUCAACACGGUGUCCAAGAUCCGGGGCCAGGUGAAGAACCCCGGCUACCCACAGUCGGAGGGGCUCCUGGGCGAGUGCAUGAUCCGCCACGGGAAGGAGCUGGGCGGCGAGUCCAACUUUGGCGACGCAUUGCUGGAUGCCGGCGAGUCCAUGAAGCGCCUGGCAGAGGUGAAAGACUCCCUGGACAUAGAGGUCAAGCAGAACUUCAUUGACCCCCUCCAGAACCUAUGCGAGAAAGACCUGAAGGAGAUCCAGCACCACCUGAAGAAACUGGAGGGCCGCCGCCUGGACUUUGACUACAAGAAGAAGCGGCAGGGCAAGAUCCCCGAUGAGGAGCUACGCCAGGCACUGGAGAAGUUUGAGGAGUCCAAGGAGGUGGCAGAAACCAGCAUGCACAACCUCCUGGAGACCGAUAUCGAGCAGGUGAGUCAGCUCUCGGCCCUGGUGGACGCACAGCUGGACUACCACAGGCAGGCCGUGCAGAUCCUGGAUGAGCUGGCUGAGAAGCUCAAGCGCAGGAUGCGGGAAGCUUCCUCACGCCCUAAGCGGGAGUAUAAGCCCAAGCCCCGGGAGCCCUUUGACCUCGGAGAGCCUGAGCAGUCCAAUGGGGGUUUCCCCUGCACAACAGCCCCCAAGAUUGCAGCUUCGUCGUCUUUCCGAUCUUCCGACAAGCCCAUCCGGACCCCUAGCCGAAGCAUGCCGCCCCUGGACCAGCCGAGCUGCAAGGCGCUGUACGACUUCGAGCCCGAGAACGACGGGGAGCUGGGCUUCCGUGAGGGCGAUGUCAUCACGCUGACCAACCAGAUCGACGAGAACUGGUACGAGGGCAUGCUGGACGGCCAGUCGGGCUUCUUCCCGCUCAGCUACGUGGAGGUGCUUGUGCCCCUGCCACAGUGACUCACCGGUGCCCCUGCCCCGCCCCUCCGUCCACACUGGCCGGCACCCCCUGCUGGGUCUCCUGCAUUCCACGGAGCCCCUGCUGCCAGGGCUGUGUCCGAGCCUGCUGACACCACCUGGGCCCCGGCCCUUGAGGUACUCCCUGAGCAGGGCCCCACGCAUGGGUCGGGGGGCCUAUCUGGGUGGGUGGGGAUGCCUGUUUACACUAGCGCUGACCCACAAUGGUGACGGCUCCCUUCCCCACUCCAUGGCGCCAGCCUCCGCGCCCAGCUGGCCGAGGCGGGGCAACACUAAGGUGCUCUUAGAAACACUAAUGUUCCUCUGGGGCAGCCCCCACCUCCGUCCUGACCCCACGGGGGCCCAGCCCACUGCCUACCCUCGAGUCCCACAGCCUUAACAGGAUGGGAUCGAGCGUCCCCGUGGGGUGGCUCAGAGAUAGGACCCUGGUUUUAAAUCCCCUCCCAGCCUGGUGCUGGCGAUGGGCCUUGGCCUAAUGCACCCCCGCCUCACACAUGCACUCCUUCUCCCCAACGCCAGGGCAGAGGGCCUUACUGCCUCCCCGGCCUGCUGUCAGCUUGCAGCCCGGGGACAGAGGCCAGCUGGGAUCUGCCCAAGGACAGAGGACAUGGUCUCUUGCUGGGCGCGGUGGCUCACGCCUGUAAUCCCAGCACUUUGGGAGGCUGAGGCAGGUGGAUCACGAGGUCAGGAGAUCGAGACCAUCCUGGCUAACACAGUGAAACCCUGUCUCUACUAAAAAUACAAAAAAUUAGCCGGGCGUGGUGGUGGGUGCGUGUAGUCCCAGCUACUCGGGAGGCUGAGGCAGGAGAAUGGUAUGAACCCGGGAGGCGGAGCUUGCAGUGAGCAGAGAUUGCACCACUGCACUCCAGCCUGGGCGACAGAGCAAGACUCCGUCUCAAAAAAAAAAAAAAAGAGAACAUGGUCUCCUGCAGGGCCCUGCCUCCCAAGCCCCGCCCUCAGAAAGCCAAGUACAUUUUCAGCUUUUUAACUGCCCCCAUCCAAGCCCAGGGAGGCCUGUGUCACUCUGGCACAAGCUGCCACCACCAGCCACCCACACACCCCCCAGCACACCUCACACGGGACCACAGCCGCGCUGCCAAGGGCCAAGCACAAAGGCUCCAGUGAGCGAAUGUUCCAGCCCCUGGUGGCCAGGCCUCCCCUUGCUGAGCCGCUUGCCAGCCCACCCUGUGGGAAGUGGCCCCAGCCAUCUCCUCUAGACCAAGGCAGGCAGCCCCGACAUCUGCUUCCUCUGUCGCCCAAUCCAAAAUCGAUGAAAUGGGGGGUCCUCUGGGCCACGCCACAUUCACAUUCCCCUCCCCCUGUGGUCCAGUGAACCCUCCGGACCCCAGGCUCUGCUCUGCCCUGCACCCCACUCGUCAGAAGUACAUGAGGGGCGCAGAGAUGAGCACACAGCUUUGGACACAGUCCAAGGCAAACUGAAAUGUAUGCCUGAAUUUUGUAAACAGAAGUAUUAAAUGUCUCUUUCUACA